CUGAGAUUUUUCGUCCCUUACUUUCGUUGGUAAUAUGAAAGAGAGAAAAACUAGGUUCACGUAAGACCGAUAGCGUUAUAAGGUAUUUGUGUUUUGUGAAUUUCACGGAGUUUCAUUGGUUUAGUGUUGUUGAAGCCGUCGUGGAAAAAGGUCACCAUGUCUCUAGUAUCACAAGCCUUCCAGUCAAGCAAGAUCGUGCCAGAUGUCAUCCCGACACCACCCUCUGCAAACAUUGAGCUGAAGUACCCAAGCGGUGCAGUGGCCUCCCAGGGUAACGAGCUGACCCCCACGCAGGUGAAGGACCAGCCCAAUGUCUCCUAUGAAGCCGACCCUAACGCAUUUUACACUCUUGUCUUCACUGACCCUGACAAUUACGACGGUCCUGAACCCGUCUACCGCGAGUGGCACCAUUGGCUGGUGGGCAAUAUCCCCGGCAGUGACGUCAGCAAGGGGGAGGUGCUGUCAGGAUACAUCGGCUCCGGCCCACCAGAGGGCACCGGCAUCCACAGAUAUGUCUACAUCCUGUACAAACAGCCUGGCAAGCUGGCGUUUGAUGAAAAGAGGCUGACUAACAAGUCAAUCGAUGGUCGUGCUGCCUUCUCCACGAAGAAGUUCGCAGAGAAAUACAACCUCGGAGCUCCCGUCGCCGGCAACUUCUACCGCGCACAAUUCGACGAUUUUGUUCCAUUGCUCUACAAGAGCCUGGGUGUUUAAAUCGAUUUAAUUCUACUGUAAUAUGUAAAUAUUUUGUU